CCUCCUCAUUCUUUUCUUUUUCUUCACUCUUUUGGGACUAUACAAACUAGCAAGGGGAAACAAUCAUGGUCCCAAAACCCAUCAUUGUAACUACACCACCCUCAUCAUCACCCUCAAUAACCCCACCUCUCCCUCUCAGAAACAUCUCCACCGUUCAAACCCAACAAAACCCCCCACAAACCCUUAACACCACCACCACCACCACUACCGUACCACCACCGCCACCACCAACAAUAAUAACCACCCAUCCUUCCAGAACCACCAAACCAUCACACUCAAAACUCCCCCCUAGAAGAAGAUCUUCGGAGUUGUCGCUGCCAGGGUUCAUCUUCAACGCUUUCGAUGACGUCAUCAACAACUUCAUCGACCCUCCAUUGAAGCCUUCAGUGGACCCAAAACACGUCCUCUCUCACAACUUCGCACCGGUAGACGAGCUUCCACCAACCCAAUGCGACAUCGUCGAGGGCUCUCUUCCGCCCUGCCUGGACGGUGCGUACAUCAGAAACGGUCCCAACCCACAGUUUCUCCCGAAGGGACCGUACCACCUCUUCGACGGCGACGGCAUGCUCCACGCCAUUCGCAUCAAAGAAGGCAAAGCCACACUCUGCAGCCGCUACGUCAAGACCUACAAGUACACCAUAGAGAACGAAGCAGGUCAACCUCUCAUCCCCAACGUGUUCUCCGGCUUCAACACAUUAAUGGGAUCGGCGGCGCGUGGAUCCCUCACGGCGGCGCGUGUGCUGAGUGGACAGUACAACCCUGUGAACGGCAUUGGGCUGGCGAACACAAGCUUAACUCUGUUCGGCAACCACCUCUUCGCUCUCGGAGAAUCGGAUCUUCCGUACAAGGUGAGAGUGACGGAAACUGGCGACAUCGAAACGGUGGGUCGUUUUGACUUCGAGGGGAAGCUGGCGAUGAGCAUGACAGCGCACCCGAAGAUUGACAGCGAGACCGGAGAGACGUUUGCGUUCCGUUACAGUCCGAUUCCGCCGUUUCUGACGUACUUCUGGUUCGAUAAGGAAGGGAGGAAGCAGGCGGACGUGCCGGUAUUCUCAAUGACGAGGCCGGCGUUCCUGCAUGAUUUUGCGGUGACGAAGAAGUAUGCGUUGUUUGCGGACAUACAGAUUGGGAUGAACCCGCUUGACAUGAUCUCCGGUGGGUCUCCGGUGGGGUCGGAUCCGUCGAAGGUGUCGAGGGUGGGGAUAUUGCCUCGCUAUGCGGUUGAUGAGUCUCAGAUCAGGUGGUUGGAUGUGCCGGGAUUCAACCUCAUCCACGCCAUCAACGCAUGGGACGAACCUGACGGAGAAACCAUCACCCUCGUGGCCCCCAACAUUCUCUCCGUCGAGCACACCCUCGAGAGAAUGGACCUCGUCCACGCCAUGGUUGAAAAGCUCACCAUCCAUCUCCCCACCGGCAUCGUCUCCCGCCAGCCCUUAUCCUCUCGCAACCUCGACUUCGGCGUCAUCAACCCUUCCUACGUCGGAAAAAAGAACAACUUCGUCUACGCCGCCGUCGGCGACCCCAUGCCCAAGAUCUCCGGUGUCGUCAAGCUCGACGUCUCCAGGAAGACCAACUGCACUGUCGCCUGCCGGAUGUUUGGCGACGGAUGCUACGCCGGCGAGCCCUUCUUUGUGGCCAGGGAUCCGGAGAACCCUGAGGCGGAGGAGGACGACGGGUACGUGGUGAGCUACGUGCACGAUGAAAGGAAGGGAGAGUCGAGGUUCUUGGUGAUGGAUGCAAAGUCACCGGAGCUGGAGGUGGUGGCGGCGGUGAGGCUUCCUCGCCGGGUGCCUUACGGGUUUCACGGGCUCUUCGUGAGGGACACUGACAUAAGGAAAGCGUCGCUAUCGUGAUCGAGAAACGUUAGAAGAUAUUAUAAUUUUUUUUGUUAAUAUUUAAAUUUAAAAUAUAAACUAAAAUAUAUAGUUAGUUUAUUAAAUUAAAAAAUUAAAUUAAUAACUAAAAAUAAUAAUAAAAAUAAUUUUUUAGUAUUUUUAUUUUUUUAUUUUUGAUAUCAUAAAAAAUUUAAAGGUUAAUUUUUUUUUUUAUAUGACACCAACUGUGGUGUAAUGCUGGAUUAUGGAAUUAUGGAGAAUUUUACAUCGGUGUGACGGCGAUCAGGUAAAGAGAAAUAAUCGGACGGUCCGAUUUAUUGCAGCUGAAAAGGGACACAAAUCGCACCGUCCGAUUUGUGGUUCAUGGAGGGCAGUGCAUGAAAAUCAGACCCACCGAUUCCAUGCUUAACGUUCAGAUUUUUCUUUUGCACAAGAUAAUCGGACUCAGCGAUUUUUUGGCAAGAUGAAAAAAGAUUUUGGGAGCCAUGAAAUCGGACCCAGCGAUUUCUGGGUGCCACACUCCUGUCAAGUACUCUGCAUCCCCAUAAUGCGAUUAUACACCACCACUAACCUAAUAUCAAAAAUAAAAAAGUGAAAUUUAAACGGUUAAUUAACUAUAAAAAAAAUUAAUUUGAUAGUAACAAAAUGGAAUAUGUUUAAAUUAUGGAGGUUCAAUGUUUAUGAUAAAGAAAUAGUAGUUUAAAGUAAAAGCAAGUGGUAUCCGGUUUAUUGAAAUAUCUAAUAUCUAAUUAUGGACAAAAUAUGUAUCAUAGUGAAGUAGCAUUAUUCGGGUUGUUGAUGAAUGAAUGGACACAUCACAUUAAAGUAGUUUGUUCUGUUGUAAAUCUAUCCAUCUUCGUUUUCUUUCUUCCUUAUUGAAUGGGGGCAGGAGUUUCACAUUGUAUUAGUGGGAUAAUAGUGAGGUUCGUACUCACACACAGAUGCUAAAUGUACAUAGCACAUAUAAUUAAAUUUUAUUUUUAAUGUGUA